UUUCAUUCUGCUCCACGAUCGCGCCGGUCGCACUUUUUUGCGCUCUUUACUCUCUGGUACACGCGGUUGAAGCAUCCGAUUGCUAACUGUCGGGUAAUUUUCCUGCUAUAGCUGCACAUUUCGCGUAUCGAAUAUAAUUUCUCGGGCUGCAUUAUUCUGCAUUUUAUGCUUAACUUUUCUGCUCCUGUUAUGUUUUUGUGCAUCUGCGCUUAGUUUUGUGUUUCGCUCUAUACACAUCACAUUUCGUACGAUAUUAAGGUACCCAUACGACUUAGGUAGGUGCGCUUGGCGUGUUGGCCAGUGUCGCAAAAGUGCGGUGUUGUUUUUUUUUUCACUGUGUAUGUUGCAGCAGAGGAACGUUUUUUAUCGUGCCCGACGGGCGUGCUUAGGUAGCACCGGAGGUCGAAUGCAAUGUUAAGAAAAACAAGGAAAGAAAUAGUUAGAUAGAACGAAGCGAUAAAUAGAAGAUUUUGCGCGCAUCUAUUAGGAAAUACCAUUCUUGAGUUACCCUCCGGUUCCGUAAUGCUGAAAUACUCAGGCUUUGAGUGCAAGUGAAUUUCCGGAGGAAAUAUUUAGGCAAAAACAUUUAUUAUUUAAGUUGAAAUCUACUUAAUCGAUGUGCUGCGAAGCACGAAAUUGGUCUUUAACUAGUGGUUUGCCACAACUAGUAUUAAUACUUUAAGAUAAAAUAAUAAACUGAAUCACCUUUAUAAAUUUUUAUCUUUAAAUAUAUCAAUAAUAGAAAAAUAGAGGGGCUGUUUCAUGUACUCUGAGUUUUUAGUUCCUAAUUGUUUUUCGUGUUUUUGUUACACCAUGUAUACUCAUCUUAUGUGAAUGCAUUGAGACAUGUGCCAAUCGUUGCAUUAUCUUCAGAAGCUGUGAUUGUUCAAAACUUUUUAACGGAGCGCUGCAAAAUUCACUGAGCACUUAGCAGUUUUCGUAUCACAGAUGACCUUCCGUUCUGUGCUUCAGAUAUAGCCUGUUUGAAAUCACCUUAUAGAUUCUCACUAGAUUUAAGAGCAGAGACAGCGCUAGCGACUCACUCAAUCUUAAAUCUUAUAUCGAAUUUCUUUCUUCCACUGGAUGCGUGGAAAAAAAAAGAUUAUGACUCUUCCCAGCUGCUGUUCAAUAAUGGAACAAUUCAUUGAAUAAUAAAUUUAUAUUAUUGAAAAACAUCAUAAAAAAUGCACAGUAAACGCACAGUAUCUUAGCUAAGCGUUCACUUCAACUAUAGUUUUGAUUUUCCCGACAUAAUAAUCAAAACGAGAAUCAUUUCAAAGUUGUGCAAGCGUGCAAAAUGUUUCCUUUAAGAGAUCAAGUGUGGUGCGUCGGCAUCUAGUCGAUUCGAUUAUAUUCCAAUCCUAAAACGGUUGACGCAUCUGGAAAAUGACAAACCUAAACAAGCUCAAGGUGGUCGUUAUUGGCAGUUCCAAAGUAGGAAAAUCGGCUGUCACGGUCCGUUACCUCACAAAACGUUAUAUCGGAGAAUACAGUUCAUCAAGGGAUUUCCUUUACCGACAUAGUAUUAUAUAUGAUAAUACUUCAACUGACGUUGAAAUUCUAGACACAUCCAAGUGUGAUAAACGAGGAUGUCUCUACGAACACUUGCGCUGGGGAGACGCGUUCAUUGUAGUAUAUUCGAUCUGUGAUAAGGCUAGUUUCGAGGAGGCUGCCGAUUACUUGCAACAAUUGACCAAGCUCAAACUUCCUUCUUACUACACUAUACUCCUGCUUGGAAAUAAAAGUGAUCUAGACCAUGCGAGAGAAAUUUCAGUGAAUGACGGCCAAGAGCUCUCCUUUCGAUACUCAUGCCAAUUUUAUGAAGUUUCUGCAGCAGAAAAUUUUGCCGGAGUCUCGUUAGCAUUCCAAUCGCUCAUUCGGGAAGCUCGAUCAACGCAGUUAUUUCGAGCACUCCCGCUUCGACGCAAGCUCGGUGUUAAUAGUGUUUCAAAAGCGUUGGGAAAUAUUUUUGGUAAAAACAGCAAAGGUGAAAGAAAGAAAAGGCCCUCUUUGAGUAUAUAAAAUUCAGAGUUGUACUCUACGUUAAAAAUUUGUUUCCUUCAAAUGCGUUGAGAAUAAUGUUGGUAACACGAAGUAAUUGAUUAGUUUGAAUAAGAUUAUAAAAACACCAUUUCUGAAGAUAGAAAAUAAAACUGUAAAUAGUAGAAUAUAACAUGAUAAAGAUCAAAGAUUAAAUCAAACUUGAUUUGUACAAAUAGAUUUCAAUUCUGUAAUUGAUCACUUUAAUAAAUGUAACCUGCAGGUUCCUAUUGCAUAGGUCUUGAACAUAUAUAUAAUAAAUAAUAUUUAUACCAUUCAAGGUCUCCAAAUACAACACAUUCCGGGCAGUUAUUCGUUGACUUAUUAUUCGUUGACUGAAAUUUCGAAACGUAGGUAUCAGUAACACAUAAAAUGAUUAAGAAACUUUAAGCGUGGAACUUAUUGGUAACAUAUGUAUUUUGUAACAAAUUAUCAGCUAAUUAGUCUGAGUGACCAAUCACAAACAGUGACUUUCCAAUGCUAUUAGAGAUGUUGGCAGGAAUUGUUAAGAUUUCAAUGAAAUUCCAAAAUUUAAGUUAACCAUUCGCAGGGAUGGAAAGCGUGCAGCUGACAUCACAGUUUUCCCAAUUCGGUUCUAUAUAAAAUAUUACUGGUUCAAAAAUUUGCUUGUAAAUU